GAGUUGUGGGAUUUUUUUAUUUAAAUCGGAGUGAUUUCUUCACCAGAUAUUGACUGAAAAGAUACAUUUAUCAUUAAUUCCUAGUUAAAUUAAAGAGUUGCAUUUGAGUGCUUAAGACGUCCAUAAUUUAUUUAAAAAUAAUGAGAUUAUACAUAACUACUUUUACUCAUCCUAAGAGAAUGAUAGAUUUCAGAGUAGAAGGGCUUCCCCUAUAUGUUUACACUAUCUUUACCAUAGUCAGUCAUCGUCACCGGUCGUUUACCGGUCAGUCGUUCAUUUGCCACGAAAGAAGAUGGAGAGGAUAACUUUGUUGUUAGAUUUCGGCUUGUGAUUCGUGCAAGUACUAGACGUUUCAACGGCCGGGAAGCUAAAAGUGGCUUAUUAAUUACUAUAUAUAUGUUACGAGUGACCAAUUGACUUUCGCUGUGGAAUAUGUGUAUAAACUCAAUUCUCAUAAUGGAUAUAUAAUAGUUAAAAAUGGAUAAAACCAGUCAAAUUUGACAUAAAAUACACACAACAAAAAAAAAAUGAGAUGCACCUGUCGCAGGUACACAUAUGCUACCUAUGCGGAUUCAAACCUUCUGAAACCCAGUGCAUGGUUAGUGCGCUUGCAGUGAAACUCUAAUUUUUCGAUGCGACCGCGGGCAAUCUUUUUUCAGUAUAGAGUGUACGUAGCGAGAGCAGUAGUUUUUCGGUUCGGUGAGAAUUUUUUUCUCUUGCCAGUGAAUAUAAAAAAAAGUCUAUAAAAACAAAGGUUCCCUCUCCGGUAGUCAGGCUAUAUUGUUGUUAGCCGGGCUGCAACUAUAUUGUCAACACACCGGAAGUUUAAAAUUCAUUCAACCAUGCGAUUACAGCACGCUUGGAUAUGGAUGUUUAUCUAUUCAUUCAUUUAUAGAGUAAUUAACUUUCGGUGCUAGAACUUGUCAUUACUAAAGGGUAAAUAAAUGCUUAUAAAAAGACUGGUUUCAAUUUUUGUUAAUUUGAUGCUAUAGCAACCGUUUGCGGCUAGAAGAUUUUAUUGAUUGAAGAUAUUUUGAGUUUUUUGUCGAAUAAGAGUGGUUUGUUUACGUAUAAUGAAGAUGAAAUCGAUGAAUACCAUUUCAUUUUGUGGUAUAAGCAAAAUUGUUACCGGGAUACUUCUAGCUAAUAUAUUUAUUGAUAUAAGAUCAUUCGUGGAGGCGUCCGCGUAUGAAGAAAUUACUAUUGAAAUUGACGAAAAUGUACCACCAAAUAAUUGUUCGGAAGUUCUCAAAAUGCUGGAGAUAACAUUGAGCGCCACAUCACGCCAUCUACUUACCGCUCUUGACCGCACGGUUUAUUUUAGUAAUUUUUCAAUUAUUCUCCCACAUACGUGGCCCGAUUAUUGCUUACCUGCAAAUACCAGUAUUGAUCGAUCACGAGGUAAUCCUAGUGACAUUUCAAUAACACAGGAUCAUCUAUUAUUUGGUGAUCAAAUUUGGACACAACAGAGCGGCAAAUGUGGAGAACGUGGGGAUCAAAUUUUCGCUAGUUUUAACAGUUUCUAUAGGCCUAGUGCUUCGAAAGAGUUACUGAAGGAAUGGAUUAAAUAUCGUUAUGGCGUUUUUGAUGAGAUUGGAUAUGAAUCAGAUUCUAUAUAUCCACGUUGUUAUACAGCCGAUAAACAGUAUGUUACGGCCUGUUCAAAUGAAAAGAUAACAGAUAAUGGUUUUUGUGAUCAAACCAAUCAAUCCAUAAACUUGGAAAGAUUAGUUAAUCCUAAUGCUGAUUCCAGCAUAUUGUUCCUACCGCAACCAGAUAAUAUAAAGAAGGUUUGUGAUGAGAGCAACCACGAUCGAUUAGCUCCUACUAAACAUAAUCUGCUAUGUGGUCGUCGAAGUGUUCGUGAAAUAAUAAUGAAAAGUUCUGAUUUUAUCACUAAACCUAAUAACGAGAGUUUAUUGAACGUAAAGUCAUUUCUGAUAAGUCCACUUAUAAAUUAUAGAAGGCGAUUGUUGACCCGGUAUAUCAUUGUAAUUGAUGAGACCCAGAAUAUUUUAAUGAGAGAAUCAUGGAGUUUUUUACGAAGUGCCAUUCGAAAGUGGCUUGUCUACGAUCUUCAAUCAAAUACUGAAGUUGGUAUCGUUCUCGCCAAUGAAAAUUCAGUAGAUAAAGUCUUAGGCCUAAUGGGACUAGAUGUAUCCAAAAACCGUGAUCUUAUCGCCUCGUUUAUUCCAUACAUUCCAAGUGAUUCAUCUCAGUCUGCGUGCAUCCUCUGCGCUAUCAAAGAGGCUUUGAAAUUGUUUUCACAUCGGCGCCGGACAAAUGGUUUUGCAAGUGAGGUUCUUCUUAUUAUCGCUCCAGGAAUAGAUGAUCGGCUAAGCUAUAAAUCUGUGGUGAAUUGGGCCAUCGGAAAUCGAACCCGCUUUGUUACAAUUAAUUUUCCAACAAUAACAAGACAUCGACCAAUGGAUGAACUAGCAAUAUUGACUGGAGGUGAAGCCUUCACUGUGCUCGAACAAAAGUACAAUAGUGAAAAAAGCUUCCUAAACACAUAUUUUGAUCUGACUACAAUUUUGUUCCAUGUAAGCUGCAAAUACUUCGAAGGACCUCGAUCAAAGCUGCCAGUCGAAGUUCAUCGGAAGGAACUUAUAGAUAAGAUGAAUGAUUUCAAUUCUUCGAAACGAAGUAGUCGGGUUAUCAGUGGAAACUUUUACCUUGAUGAAGGAAUGAGUACCCCGUCAGGAUUUUUUAUUUACACGCAUAAUGUUGAGGUUCCUCUGAUACAAAAUGUCAAACUUACUAGUCCUGGAGGAAUCACAUAUGGAACACGGAGCGAUCAACGCAUUCCAGUAAAGCAAAUUACUAUUAUCGCUUCGGUAAAUCAAACUGGACCGUGGUCCUACAGAAUUGAACGAUUUAAUGGGAAUCCCCAACCACACUAUGUUCAAGUACUUGCAACGCCUAGGAGCACAACUAAUUCCAUUGUACAAACGCGUGCAUGGAUUCGAAAGUCUGAAUUUGGAGGACCUUUCGUAUUGUACUGUGAAGUUAAACGGGGUGGCUAUCCUGUACAUUCAGCUUAUGUUGAAGUAAGAAUAACGAGACCCACUUUGCAGUGUAACUAUACAAAUAAUUGUGAAGAGAAAUUGAAACUACUUGAUACUGGUUCAGGCGAUCCUGACAUAACAAAAGGCGACGGCGUAUACUCAAGAUAUUUUAGUACAGCAAUAAGUGGCCCGGGUAUGUAUCGAUUCGACAUUUUAGUAGAUGACAAUGGAAAUACCGCAUAUGCGCUACCCCUUAACUCAGAGAUAAUUCCAACAGGAAGCCAUAAAAUGGUUUGCUGUGGGAGCGUCAUAACAGAUAUCAAAACGAAGCAGAUACCACCAUUCCAGCGACAUCUGCCUUCUAUUACAAUAACAGUAAACCGCAAUGAGUCCGAGACUGAAUUGAAAUCAAUUGUUGGUCGAAUUGGGGAUCUAACCGGGUCGUAUAUUGGAGAUGGAAAAGUUCGCUUAACAUGGACUGCCCCAGACAUGGGUGGUCAUAGUGUCGUUAAAUAUGAGGUCCGCUAUGCCUUGAACUUUUUUGAUAUAGUUAAUAACUUCGACACAGUGGCUUCUAUUUGGCCGCAUGCUUCUCCUUAUCCGUAUGCUAUCGGAGAUAUAACGAAUUUCAUACUGGACAUAAAUCUUGAACCUGCCCUUUACGGGUCCACCAUAUUCAUAGCGAUACGUCCGUUCACAACGUUAUUCACAGAUGUCGUACCAGGACUUGAAUCCAAUCCAAUACAUGUUGUUAUCCCAAAUCGAAUUUCACCUACAACGCCCGAUACGGAAAUAACUGAAACAUCAAUUAAUCAAGAGAAAAACGCAGCCGAAAGUGAAAGUGACCCAACCACAGGGAAGAGUCCGGUGACCAGAACUAACAUUAAAGAAUACUCUAUUGCUAUUGCUGUUGGCAUAUUCCUCAUUAGUAUCAUUAUUGUGCUUUAUCUUGUAUAUUGCAUUACCAAACGUCGCCGUAAGCAAGCCAAACGAGAUGGAUUGUGUAGUGCAGAUAUUGCGCAUACCACUAAAAUUGAGUCCUUGCCUCGAAAUGAAGCGGUCAAAAUAUGCCCGAAUAAAGGAAAUUUAACCGAUUCGCUAUGUCAGGAUGAUAAUAUUUUCCAGCAACAAGAACACUGCCAGCAACACUUCAAUCAGAACUCGAAUGUUCACCCAGUCAUUGAGCCACCCGAUCAUCAUGUUAUUGGAUUGCCAUUGUGCCCAGAUGGAUCAGAGUAUCAGAAGAAGGACUAUGUUGAUCGGUUUACUCCAACUUUAUACUCUGCUUGUGGCACGGUUAGUGUGAUUUCAGCUAAUGAUAACAAUACCUUUACACGGCAAGGACGGGUGCUCAGUCCUUACGAUUCAUGGACUGCAUCUCAACUUUUACAUGAACAUGAAUAUCGUGUUUCACCAAUCGGAGACUUACUGGAAAGUCCAGAUCAUCUGACACCGAACUAUGAUGCCCCUCCAAUUCCGCCUUUACCAUUAAACACAGAUUCAUAUCAGAUAUAUGGUGAAUCAGUGACCCAACCCAACAGACAACAUCGACAUCAGCCUCCAACCUACAGUACCAUUCGGCGCAAUGAAGGUCCGCCAUUGCAGUCAUCUACGCAUCCAACAAAGCUAUUUCAUAAUAAAAAUUCAUGUCCUUCUAUAUCCUCAACACAACAGGACGUUGCUCAUUCAUUCAAUGAGAAAAAACGAAGAAAUGUAACGAUGGUGUGAACUUCUUAUCGGAGCGCUGUUCCGAGUUGUAAUCUCAGUGUGUACAUAUGUUCAAAUUUAAGAAAUAAAGUUUAAGAGAAAAAAGUAAUAAGUAAACCAUCAAUAAGUAAGUUUUCACUAUUUCGAUCUCAAAUUGAAUUAAGCUUAUAUAUAUCAAGUUUUAAGUAGAGAAAAAAAUAUUUAUGAUCUUAUAAAGUAGAAAAAAAAAAUAGAA